AUGACGUGGGGCCUCCAUCUCGUUCUCGAUGUGGAGGAACUGUUGAUGGGUGACGGGCUGCGUCGCGUAAUUUCACAAGCUAAACUAUGUCAACACCGACAUCGAAUAAGCGAUUCGCCACUCCCCCUCCAAACGCCAACCCAUCUCCCAAGUCCACAUCGACCAAACGACAUCCCCCAUCAAUCGCGUGCACGAUCAGACAUUACAGCCCUCCAGACAAUGCAUUAA